UUCGAACCGGAAAUUCUCCCGGGUACUUCGUAUUUUCUUGUAGUCGCAACGUCCGUGAAGCAGCGGCGCGAUGGACGAGGAGCUCGGUGCAUUUGAUCCCAACAUACCAGAGGAGGGACCGUCAGCGCCCCCUCCUGGUUGGCUGGAUGACAUACACGGAUACCAGGGCCACAAAGGAGGACAGGACGACAACCCGUUGUACCCACCUCCCCCUGCCUACAACCCCCAGCCUGAGCUCAACAGGAACACCCUGGUGCCCAACGUCAGGGUCCCGACAGUAUCGGAGGACGAGGCCAGACAUGCCCUGCUCAAGUUUGUGGAAUCGAAAUGGACAUACAGCUCAAAACCUGCCAGGAACCUCACCUUCAAAGAGCUGAAACCCAUCACCGUCUACAGGUAUCGACUGGAGACCUACACUGAGACCAGAACCAGCACCUGGCAGUUUGAGUCGUACAACGGACAAAUGGUGGACGGGCCCCAGUACGGCAUGUGUCCCGCACCGUGGGACAUCCCAGUGACGCUACCUCAGAGAUACACCGACAUGGUGGAGAAGGUCCGCGUGCCGCACACGUCCUUCGUAAAGCUUUGUCACACGUGCAACGGCUGUGGACGAACCCGCUGUGUCAGCUGCUACGGUCGAGGCGUGAAGCGUUGCACAAUCUGCUACCACGGCCGGUCCAGGAACAAGCGCUGCACCUCCUGCCACGGCCGAGGUCGCAAGAGAUGUACCCACUGUCACGGCCACGGCUACAAGACCUGCUCCAUCUGUCACGGCAGCAAGAACCUGCUGCAUUUCAUCCUGCUCACCGUCACGUGGAAGAACAACGUCGGCGACUUCAUUCCCGACCGUCAGCCCGACUUCCCCGACAAGAAGUUCAAGAAGGUGACCGGCGAUCCUUUCUUCGUCGACGAGAGCGUUCUGGUUUACCCCAUCCAGGGUUUCCCCGAUCAGGAGAUCUGUGAUGUUUCUACAAAACUGAUUAACGAACACCUGAAUCGCUUCAGCUCCACCAGCCGCAUCCUGCAACAGCGUCAGACCAUCGAGCUGGUGCCGCUGACUCACGCUCUUUACUCCUACAAAGGAAAAGACCGCAGCUUCUUCGUCUACGGAACGGAGAAACAAGUGUUCACCGCCAAAUAUCCCUCCGCCUGUUCUAUUUCAUAGUGAACAACCACAUAGAUGUACAGACAGAAAAUCCAUCGCAGGGAUUUCGCCCACACACAACACGACUUUUAAAGAUUUUUUUUCUGUCAGGUUCCAUACAAAUCAUGUAUAAUCGUAUAAAUGAAAUGUGUGUAUACUAACGUAUUCUACCUCUUCACCGUCGGGUCGGACUGAACAUGUGUUCUUUUUUUUUUUCUGUGGCGUCAUUUCUCACUCAGUAAAUCAUCCGUUUAAAAUCCUCUGGUUCAUAUUAACAGAAAUAAAUGUGCAUAUUACGCCUCCAGGUGAAAACUGACAAUCUGGUCAGUGUCGCUUUGACGUAAAUGCAAGAAGCCAUUAAAAUGUAAAUUGUUUUAUAAUGUUUAUUUCUACUCUCCUGGGCUGAAACACUCGUCACUAUUCGAAGUUAACUUUUUUAUAAUAGAGUUUAGUUUGUGCGACUCAUGUAAAAUCAGUUCACUGAAGUGUUGAAUCAAUCAUUUGUGUUAUGGGAAGUCUGUUGUUGCUUUACAUCUCUCAUCCGUCUCUUCAAUUUUACAUUUUAAAUGUUCUACUGUUUCUACUGUUCCUCUUCAUUUCAUUGGUUGGCAAAAAGUGAUAUGGUGCUUUAAUCUCUGAUUGAACCUUUAAUGUGUCUGUUCAGCAGCGUUUGACACCCGGAUGAGAAAAUGACUCUUUGUAUUAAAACUUUUAUAAUAGUGGGA